AUGGCUACCAGUGAUAUGAAUUACAACGCUGAACAAGAAAUUAUUGAAUUCUUUGAGAAGACUACAACAUCUCGCUCAGCCUGUGAUAAGUAUGCGAGUGAACAUCUUGCUGGAAAUGUCAGUCCAGUCGACGUACAAGGCGUGUGUAGCUACACCGUCUAUGCAGGUCCUAACGCCGAAUACGUUGUGCAGUAUUGUCUGAAGUCGCUAGCGCUGAAUAUUGAUAUGAUGAACCUCGCCAAAGCCAUUUAUGGUAGCCUGGUACCCGAGAUAUUCUUCAAGGGACAGAUUGGGAAAGAUCAUGAAAGCAAAGAGCCACUUUAUAUAUACGUUAUGAACCGAAUACUAGGUAUUUCUCACCUGGAGUUUAUCAUGGCCCAUGAUGAUGCACCUGAAAACUCGUUUGAGUUCUCUUGUUGGCGCCAAAGUCUUGUGGCUGACAAUGCAAAAUUCUUUGCUCUAUCCUGGAAAAGCCCUCAGGAUGUUGAUCAAACAUACCGCGACAGUCCAACUCAUCAGUAUAGACGAGACCUGAAUUUGUUGCUUGAAUCUCUCCCAAUUCGAUUCCAUCCAUUGAUCAAGAAAUCUAUUGACUCGUUGCCGGCCAUCUCCUCACUUCCUAUGGUGCUAGUACACAAUGACUUUGGUACUUUCAACAUGUUGGUGGACGAGAACUCUUGUAAUCUGCUCGGCGUGAUUGACUGGGCCGAAGCUGAGAUUGCCCAUUCGGUAUAA